AUGUCUGGCGCGAUGCGAGUAAUUGUUUUUGUUGAACUUUUGGCAGCCGUUUGCGUGGCCACUUUUCCCCGGCGACCCUCCUUUACCGACCAAGCACAGCCUUUUCGCAUUGACGUGGACCCAGAGUUCAUUGACUAUACCUGCCAGAAAGUCUCUCUGACAAGAUUUGUCGCACCUUUGGAGGCCGUAGACGUCUUGGCAGAGGGUCCGCCGGUUCAGAACUCGACUGCAAUCGCGGCGUACUGGGAGCACGAAUAUGACUGGUUUGCGGUGCAAGACCGCCUCAAUCAAAGGCUUCAACAAUUCACGAUGAAUAUUCGACCCGGACCAGAGUGGACACGGCCAAUCGAUUUGCCUCUCCAUUUCGUCCACCAUGUUUCGCCCAGACCAGACGCUGUGCCACUCUUGUUCAUCCACGGUUGGCCGGGAUCUUUCAUUGAAGUAGAAAACAUCAUCGACGACCUGACCAACCCAACGAACGAGACUCUCCCAGCGUUCCACGUCGUAGCGCCGUCAAUUCCAGGAUAUGGCUUUUCGCCAGCGCCCUCUACGACAGGAUUCGGCUACAUCGCCUGUGCGCACGCAUUCAACGGCCUCAUGCAACAGCUCGGGUACAGCAGAUACGUGAUGCAAGCCGGCGAUGCAGGAGGCAUUAUUAUGCGGUACCAAGCGCAUUUCUAUCCCGAAGCUGUGUUGGCUGGGCUAAACAAUUUCUGGCUUGUCUAUCCCAACUCCACCGAUCUCGAGCGGUAUGCAAUGAACUUGACCACACCUGAUGAGAACCACGUUAUCGAAUCGAUGACAGGCUUUGUCGCGCAUCAGUGGGGCUACGGUCAAAUCCAACAGACCCGUCCACUCCGCUUGGCGCAUGCCAUGACAGACAGUCCGGUGGGUCUGGCGAUGUGGAUGUUCGAUGGUAUGUUCGCAGCUGUGGAGAAUCCAGAGAUCUGGACGCCCGAGACUGUCAUCACUUGGACGAUGAUGCACUGGAUUCAGGGACCCUAUGCGGCCUUCAGACUCUACCACGAAGGCUCGAAGGAUGGAGCUUUUACUAUCGACUCGUUCGAAGACCUGCCCUUCGUUGAUCGGCCGAUGGCCAUCUCCGAAUUUCCUAAAGAUAUAUGGUAUCGAACUCCGCUCAACUGGGCUCAGAGAACCGGCAACGUACAGACUCGUUAUGUGCACUCUUAUGGGGGCCAUUUUCCGGCAUGGGAGACGCCUCAUGAACUGCUUCCAGAUAUCUGGGACUUUCUAGGGAGAAUUUCAGAAGGUGGAUACAGUCCAUGA